AUGAUAAGACAGCGACAGAUAUUACGAUUUUAUACUACUACCACCUCCAAAACUGAUCCAUUCAAUAGUCUUAUCACAAAAUGUACGAUUAAUCCUACUAACACCACCACAACAUCAAUACUAUCAAAUACAACUUAUGCAUUAAAAGAUAAUAUAGUAGAAAAUCAAACAAUUUCCACAGCUGCCUCACAUGCAUUAUACAACUACAAAUCACCGUUCAAUGCAACAAUAGUUGACUUGUUAUCAUCAAAUGGCUCAACAUGUAUAGGAAAAGCCAACUUGGAUGAAUUUGGAAUGGGUUCAUCAAAUCAAAAUUCUUAUUUUGGUAAAGUUAUAAAUCCGUAUGAUACAAAAUCCGUACCAGGUGGUUCAUCUGGUGGUAGUGCAGCUGCGGCAGCUGGAGGUUUAUGUGAUUUUGCAAUUGGGACGGAUACUGGUGGUUCUAUAAGAUUACCUGCUAGUUAUUGUAAUAUCUAUGGUUUCAAACCAACUUAUGGAAGAAUUUCAAGAUGGGGUGUUAUACCAUAUGCACAAACUUUAGAUACUGUGGGGAUAUUAAGUAAGGAUUUAGAUUUAGUUGAGAAAGUUUAUAAUGUUUUAAAUGUUGAAGAUUCAAAAGAUCCUACGUCAAUACCCAACAAAAUCAGGGACCAAAUACCCAAAACCAAAACCACUGAAAAUUUAACAAUCGGAGUCCCCAAAGAAUUUUUGAUUGAAGAAGUUUCAGAUAGAGUUAAAAAUACAUGGAUAGAGGUAAUAGAAAAUUUAAUUGAUUUGGGCCAUACCGUGAAGACAAUAUCUUUAAAAUCAUUAAGAAAAGCAUUACCAGCAUAUUAUACAUUAGCAACAUCAGAAGCAGCUUCAAACUUAGCAAGAUAUGAUGGUACAAGGUAUAAGUACACUGAAGCAGAACUAAACGUUAAUGAAAACCCAAUGGAAUUAAUAUAUAAAAAUAGAUCUAAUUCGCUAGGUGAUGAAGUUAAAAGAAGAAUCUUGUUGGGAAAUUACACAUUAAGUUCUGACUCUGGAGAUCAUUAUUUACAAGCAACAAAAGCAAGAUCAAAACUAACUAAAGAAUUUUCAUCAUUUUUUAAGAACCAGCAUAUUUUUUUUCCUAACCACCCGAAAGAAACAGAUGUUUGUGAUUUAAUUAUGGUCCCCACUGCAAUGGACGUAGCUCCAAAUUUUACUACGUAUGAAACAGAAUCUCAGAAAAAUGUAUUAAAUGAAUAUAUUAAUGAUAUUUAUACUGUUCCUGCGUCAUUAGCUGGAUUACCUACUAUAUCUAUUCCAUUUGAUGGUGUUGGGAUACAAUUAAUGGGACAAUUUGGUGAUGAUGAAUUUGUACUAAAGAUUGCUAAGGAAUUGAAGAAAUUAGAUUAA